GGAACGUGGCAGAGGGCGGGCCGGCAGCGAACGUGCAGCGUCUUGGGCUCUGCUGAAUGGGUGGCCGCGGCGGUAUGAGUGCGCUCUGCGGCGUUUUGCUGGAGCCGCGACCAGUGCUUGCCUCUCCCCGGUAGCGCGCGGAGUUGCUGGGUGGUGAGGAAAGCGGCUGCGAGAAGGAGGGGGAGGAGCAGCAGCAGCAGCAGCAGCAGGAGGAGGGAGGAAAGCGGGCGGGAGGUGGCCAGAGUGGGGUGUUCGGCGACUGUAGCUCUCGCCCUUGGGCCAGGCUCUCCAAAGCCGGGGAAUCAUGGCAUCUCUGGUCCACACAGUCCAGGAGAAUGGGCGCAUAGCCGGGCUCCUGCUCAACCUGCUGGUCUCCAUCUGCAUUGUGUUUCUUAACAAAUGGAUCUAUGUGCACUACGGCUUCCCCAACAUGAGUCUGACCCUGGUGCACUUCGUGGUGACUGGGCUGGGCUUGUACAUCUGUCAGAAACUGAACAUUUUUGCCCCUAAAAGUCUGCAGCCCUCCAAGCUGCUGUUCCUGGCCCUCAGCUUCUGUGGGUUUGUGGUCUUCACCAACCUCUCUCUCCAAAACAACACGAUAGGCACCUAUCAGUUGGCCAAGGCCAUGACCACCCCUGUGAUCAUAGUCAUCCAGACCCUGUUCUACAAGAAAACCUUCUCCGCCAAAAUCCAACUCACUCUGAUACCCAUAACUCUAGGUGUCAUCCUAAAUUCUUACUACGAUGUGAAGUUCAAUUUUCUUGGAAUGGUGUUUGCAGCUCUCGGGGUGGUAGUUACAUCCCUUUAUCAAGUGUGGGUAGGAGCCAAACAGCAUGAGCUGCAGGUGAACUCCAUGCAGUUGCUAUAUUACCAAGCACCAAUGUCGUCUGCCAUGUUACUAAUGGUCGUGCCCUUCUUUGAACCUGUAUUUGGGAAAGGAGGAAUCCUUGGACCCUGGUCAUUUUCUGCCUUGCUUAUGGUGCUGCUAUCUGGUAUAAUAGCCUUUAUGGUAAAUUUAUCUAUAUACUGGAUCAUUGGAAAUACUUCACCAGUCACGUAUAACAUGUUUGGACACUUCAAAUUCUGUAUUACCUUAUUUGGAGGAUAUGUUUUAUUUAAGGAUCCAUUGUCAGUUAAUCAGGGACUUGGCAUUUUAUGCACAUUAUUUGGCAUUCUAGCCUAUACUCAUUUUAAACUUAGCGAACAGGAAGGCACCAGGAGCAAACUGGUACAGCGUCCUUAAGGGAGUUUUCAUGGAGAAAAUAUAAUUGCCUCAGGCAGUUGAAAAAAGUGUUGCCAAAUGUGCACUGAUUUUUUUUAUAAUAAGCAAAAAGUUAAUUUCAAAAUCUACCACAAUAAAUUCUACUACCAGGAUAUAAAAAUAAAGCAUAUUUUUAUGUGUUAAAACCGAUUUUGAAUUUUUAAAUGAUUGUUUUCUCAAAACAAAGGUGACCCACAUUGAAUUUUACAAGUCAUCUUUCUGAGUAUAAAAGAGGAUGGCUUCAUCCAAAUAAGUACAUCAAAAUUAAAGUUGUUAUAGUAAUACUAAAGAAAUUUUUGCCAGUACCAUGUGGCAAUUAUGAUUUAUUUUUGGGUUUUUUUUUUGUAUUCAUGCACUAAGAAACAUUGAUGGCAUGGGACUGUUUUCCAGAAUGUAAGUUUUCAUUUAAUAUAGCAUAAGUAUUAUCACUGGUAAUUUCUCAUCGAGUGGCAUAUAUAUUAUCACUCUGGGCAAAAUCUUAGGAUUUGAAAUUCUGCUGGAUUUGGUUUAAUUUCAGGAUUGUUUCAUUUGGAGAAAUCAAAUUGAGAGUGAAAUUGAUAAGAUGGCUAAAACAAACUUCAGUUCCAAAUUAAUUUUUUUUGGGGAAAAAGUUAAGGUAGCAGGAGGUAAGUUGUUAAGAAAUUGAACCGUUCUUGCUCUGGACCUUUUUUUUUUUUAGGCUAUUGGGGUUAAGUGACUUGCCCAGGGUCACACAGCUAGUAAGUGUCAAA